GAAUGAGUCAAUAUCUGUAUUCUAGUUUUCCUUCUGUUUUAUCUACAACGACUUACUGACAUUAUUUCCGUUCGUGACAGGAACAAUAUUGCAUCCAACUGUAAAACUAGCCCCGACCAAUUUUAUUCAUUCCUCAAUUUCCUCAAGUUCCUCAAGUUCCUCAAGUUCCUCAAGUUCCUCAAGUUCCUCACGUUCCUCAAGUACCUCAACUACUGUGCUCGGAGUCUUGGUUGCUUCCUUUGCAAUAAUUCUUAUCGUGUUCACGGUUUACAUAUCUCGUCGUAAAUUUCGGGCAACGAUACAGCGCCGCUUUGACAAGGAGAUGUCAUACAUGGCGAUCGAAGAUUGUUAUCAGGUAAGUCUUUUAUCCUUUACUCACUAACAUCAGUUUCCAUAUUCUCCAUACCCUUCUUUAUAUAUUUCCUUUGGUACUGACAAUAUCCAAGUAUUUGUGAAUGGGCAAGAGUGAAUAAAUACCCUAGGUGUUGCUCUGUAAUCAAGACCUUAAAUCUAACCUUCCACUGUGAAAUUUCUUCACAGUAGUCCCGCGCCGUUCUUGCCAAAUUUUAUCUGGGCCAAAAAUGUGAGUCCUAGCGUAAAUUUUAGGCGUAUCCCCUAUAGAGGUAUGGACGUGCCCUAAAAAGGCGUAUCGCUAUAUUAUGCCAGCAACUCCUAAACGAUCUUGCCAAUCCCCAUGUUAGGUCACUGAAUGGCUGUCGCCAUAUCAACUGUUAUCAUCUAUUUCUGAAGCGUACAUGAAAAGCUAUCUUAAAAAUAAAAGUUAAGCGAAUGGAAAAACAAUGGUUUUUCUUAAGAACUCUCACUUGAACUAAUAUUAAGGAUGUUUCUAAAAGGCAGGAAUUUUGAUUUGACUAGUUUAAAACCGACCACAAUUCAUUGAAAAGUGACCAAGCUUUUCUUUGGAUUCAAUGAAGGUGCAAUUAAGUUAAACCAACCGAUGUUGCGUUUUUGUUUUGUUUUUUUUUUUAAUAUGGCAUUUUGAACUGUCUCAUAAUUUUUGGUAAGAUAUUUGUUUGACUCAGAACUACCGUUUAGCUAUGACUUGUUCUUUUAAGGAGAAAUCUGAGGCACAACUCUCAUACGAUCAAACACGUCUUAGUGACCGCAAAGGAGGCGACUGUUUACCCAACAGCUUUCCUACAGUGCCUUUAUGAGAAUAUAUCACACAAGUUGAAGGAUAUUUCAGCAGUUCCGGCGGUGAACUAAGUGCCGCUCCUGACUCUGACGUGAAGAUAGUUAUCAGAAAAGGUGCAAUUGGAGACAACCAGUUGGUCUUCUUCCGUGUGGUCGACGAUGAAACGGAGUUGCUCCGAGAUAUUCCUGUAGGAUCCAAAGAAACGCUCAUUUCCCCUGUGAUUGAAUGCGGACCGCAUGAUAUCAGGAUCUCGAAUCCUUUGGAGAUUAUAAUUCCACAUUGCCUCUUUAUGGGUAAAGCCAAGAAAAAAUUGAUCAGUGUCUACAGAACUGACCCAGGUCCUAUCAAGUGGGAGAAAAUCCCUAACGAAUUAGAGAAAAAUGAUCUGUCAAAGGCGUGGUUCACGGCAAAAGAGGACUCCAUUCAUAUUAAAACCAUGACAUUCUGUUUCUGGAGCAUAUUCAGCCGUGGAGGACAGAGAAAAAAAAGAGCUAGAGUGUUUGCUAACAGGCUGUAUCCCGGAUCCGAUCUCAUUUAUUUGAGAUUCUAUAUUUACGAUGAUAACGAGGAAUCCAGGAAGCGGGUGGAGAACCAAGACAAGCAGUCUUUUAAAUCGUUGAAGCCCGCUUCAAUUGAGAAACCCUUCAAAAUGUACAACAACAGCAAAAAGAUAAAUGUGAGACUCGAGGAUCUUAAGGAAGGCUGGGAAUUAGACAACGAGGCAGAUGGCCAUCAGGAGUUCAUUUGCCUCAACGCCAAUGGUCGUAGGUUUCGUUGUGAAGGAACAUGCGAGUUCCUAGUGAAACAAAUUGAAGGUGGAGUGGACAAUUACUUCAAAUGUCAGUUAAGGUUUCAACAAGAAGGUCGUGAUGAAGAGCAUACCAUGAAAGUGAUCCGUGAGUUUCAGUCUGAGGAGAGACCGGAGCCCGUAAAUAAUCCACGUCAAAACUCCACAGAGGCUGCAGGUGAUUCGCAGAUGACACCAAAAGCUCAAAGACACUUUAAUGCUGUAGCUGGAAGCUCAAGGUCCUCAGCUCCAGAAGAAGGCGACAGGGGCAACUUUGACGAAAAAUCGAAAACUCCUUCAGGUAUCUUCGUUGUCGUCAUCGCUAUGGUUACCAUCAUGAGAAAAACAGUGAAUCUUCAAAUUAACUCCCCCCCCCCCACCCCCAAUAAUAACCCAAGUCAAUUAUUCACUUAUAAAGUUUCAUCGUGAAAUGACAUGACUUUCGGAGAUAAUUAUAAUACAUAUCAAACGAGCGUGUAGUAUACAUAAUUGCAUCUUGAAAUGGAAGGGAAGCCUUAAUAUAAAGCAGUCUUAUUCGACG